AUGACAACAUCACCACCUCCACGGGUCUUCCCGCCAACGCGCCCCUCAGAGCUGCUGUCGUUACUCAUCUCGCAAUGUGUAUAUCCAACGACCUUGGUGAUCUGCAGCUCUCGGGGUGAAUUCAUGGCCUCGCUCGUCGACGACUUCCGGACCAGCGGACAUGACCAAAGGCCAGGCUGCCCAGAACCUGCGUCACACAUGGAGGAGCGUCAUAGCAAACACGGAGACCUCGUCAAGGGGAAAGGAAAGGAAAUGGUGUCCCAGGAGGAGAACCCAAAGGCCUCCGUUGUCGACGAUGACGACCAACGAAAGGCGCAGCUCCUCGCAGCGCCGCUAUUCCAGGUUGCCAUCUCGCGGCAUAUCCGCGUGGUAUUUGUGCCUACCGUUUCGCACCUGCGCGCUUUUCUGGCGGUAUUCUCAACCCUGGAAUCGGCAUCCAAGGUCCGCCCACCACCGGCGCCGACGCGAACAGACCUGGAAACGCCUUCGGUGCAUGAGCCGCCGUGGCUGCUCGUCUACGACUUCUUGGCUCUUCAUCGCGACACCAGCGAGUGGAGUGCUCAGGGGAUCGGCUUCACGGCUGCGAGUCUGGUUGAGGCGGCACAUAGGAACAAGCUCGCUGCCGUCAUCGUGGAAGCGCAGUCUUCUGUACCACCUGGCGCUGCAGUCGAUAGCUUUGAGCGCCUGGCGACGGAGGAUAUUCCCGUCUUGAGCGUGACUGCACGGCGUCUUGGCCAAGAUGGGGAAGUUGGGAAUUGGAUAGGGAGAACAGUGCCGGCCGAGAGGGUACUCGGUAGAUGGUUUCGUUUUCAGCGACAGGAGUCGCUACAAUCUUACAUUUAUACGGCGUCUACGGAACUGCGAGCUUGA